AUGGCAAAAGUUUUUGAACUUGUCAAUCUAGGAGAGCCAAAGAUGUUUGUUGGAGUGUCAAUUCAUCAAGAUUGCAAUGCCGGAACCCUCAAAAUAUUGCAAGAACAAUACAUUGAAGAAGUCCUAAAAAGAAUCAAUAUGAACAAUUGUAAGCCAAGCAACACGCCUAUGGCCGAAUCGCCAAAUCUACCAAAACUCAACUCACUGACUGUCAACCAAGCCCUAUACCAGCGUGGCAUUAGUUUGCUGAUGUAUGCUAUGGUACAAACACAGCCCAACAUUGCAUAUGCAACCAGCCUGUUGGCCCAGCACUCCGCAAACCCAGGGCACAAGCACUGGAACGCAUUCAAGCGUACUCUGCGGUAUUUAAAGGGCACAAAGGACCUCAGUAUAGUUUACAAGAAGUCAAAAGGAUUGGAACUCACCGGUUACGUUGAUGCCAAUUACGCAGGCAAUCCAAACACCAGUCAAUCAACUACCGGGUGGACUUUCAUGAUAGGCGGGGCAAGUAUUGCAUGGUCAUUGAGAAAACAGCUGACAAUCUUGCUAUCAAGUAUGGAGGCCAAAUACAUUGCUGCUGCAAGUGCUACACGCAAGCUAAUUUGGCUUUGCCAAUUUCUAUCAGAACUCAAUUUACUCCCCAAAGGGCCAACAACUUUACUUACCAAUAAUCAAUUGAGUAUGGCUCUUGCAAAGAAUCCAAUCAAUCACCAGAACACAAAGCAUAUCCAAAUUAAACACCAUUUUAUUUGUGAGAUGAUUGAAUUGAAGGAAGUUGACUUACAAUACAUCCUGACCAACAAGCAGGUGGCCAAUAUACUUACUAAGCCACUCAGAAGAACCAAGUUCCCCAGCUUUGUUGCUGAUAUGGGCAUGUCUUAA